AUGGCCGCCCCCGCCUGGACGCGCCUCUGCGCGCUGCUGCUGGUUGCCCUGGCCCACCGCGCCGCGUCACAGACGCCCGUGCUGGACUGCAUCGCCGCGGGCGGCGACCCCGCCAGGGCCAUCCAAGGGGACUGCACGGUGGACAUCGGCGGCGCGCCCAACGUGGUGGCCGUGGGCGACGGUGUCUCAACCGUCACUGUGAAUCCCGACGGCACCUAUAGCUACGGCGAUGAUUAUUUCGACUACGACGACGGCCCGACGGUGGGGAACAACCCGCCCGGCUUCGUCGAUCCGGUGCCGACAAACGCGCCCGUCGCGCCCGUUGGGGCGUCUUUCGCCAACGCCUUCGCGCCGGAUGCGGACUCGGUGGCCGUCCCCGCGCCUCCAGGGCCGGAUGGCCGUCCAGCGGGCGUCUGGGAGAUCGUGGUGGACGGCGUCGUGGACAUGACGCCGCAAGAAGUGUGGGAGAGCACACGCACCUACGGGAACUUCUUGACGUAUGGACUGGGAGAACUUGCGUUUUCUGUCCUGGCACAAGAUGACGAGCACAAGGAAUGGGUGGUUGAACUGAACAGUGGCGAGCAGCUUGUCUUUGAGGAUGUCGAGACAGACGAGGAUUUGCUGUUCCAUGUUGCAACGCUUCUGGAGCAUGGCAACGAUGUUUUUCCUGGGACGGACAUUCGUGGUUCCCGAAUCUUCUUCCGGGCCAUUGAUGGCGACACUGAGGGAACAACACAGCUGGAAGUUGGCUGGGGAGGGCCCAUUGCUACAGGUGGCAACAGCCGAGACACUGCUGUGGUUGUUGUCAGAUCUCUUCUGCUUGAAAUGAUUACAAGGCUGGAGGACCAUUUUGGGCAGAACUGCCGGUUUUCCAAGGAGGACAGGACCAUCGAGGCACGGUGCAAUAAUCUCAAGAAUCCAACGUGGGGAGCAGCCAAUCAGCCGCUGCUAAGGCUGGAGAAGCAUGACCCCGCUUUCCCUGACGGCAAGAGCGAGCCGUCUGGGCCAAAAGAUGUCAGUCCAAGACUCAUCAGCAACAAGUUGUUCGCACAAAGCCCAGGGGCAGAUUUGCUGGAAGGUCGACUCAACGAAGAAGUCAAUGAGUGCCUUAAGGCAACCAACAAGGGCCUCACAUGGGAGGUGUGCCCACACCAACAAGCCAAGGCAAAGCGCGGAAGGGAGACUGUGCACACACUCAGCUGGGUUGGUACGGAGACGACCAAGGAGAAGAUGAUUCUCAUGAAAUUUGGUGGCGAGCAGGAGGGAUGCGUCCUGAACCUCGUUUAUGCUUGUGCUGGGGAGGCCGACAUCGACUUCGGUGGUCAAGCGUGUGGAUCCACAAACAACUGGUUCUUCCACCCAAGUGCUUGUAUUGUACAGCCAGGAAGCGACAAUGUCCUGACGAACUCUCUGCAGAUGACGGACUUGUUCUGGGCAUGGGGGCAGUUCGUUGAUCAUGACCUGGAUCUGACACCGACCAUAGCAGAGCUGGGAAAGGAAGCGCAGCCCGGCUUCAAGAACAGCCGGAGGACAGGGCCCGAAGACGAGUUCCCCAUUGAGAUACCCAGAGAAGACUUCUUCUUCACCAAUGCCACCAUGGAGUUCGAACGGGCCGUUUUCUCCAGCGACCCUGAUCAAGUGUCGCAUAUCAACCAGCAUUCUGCAUUUGCCGACUUGGGUCAGCUGUAUGGCAAUGAUUUUUUGAGAGCCAACGCAUUGAGGUCCUUUGUUGAUGGGAAGCUCAAAAUGGGACCAGAUGAUCUGCUGCCUCUGAACAAAGUCGAUGGAGAUGAUGCCUUGGGAGCCAAGGUAGACAAUGCCCCCAAUGCCACCGACCGUUUCUAUGCUGCUGGGGACGUCCGGGCGAACGAGCAACCGUUGUUGCUCAGCUUGCACACCAUCUGGGCCAGGGAGCACAAUCUCAUUUGCGAUGAGCUGAAGGAGGCGUUCCCAGAAAUGGACGACGAGGAGUUGUACAAGUCGGCCCAGUCCAUCUGCAUAUCGGAAUACCAGAGCAUCCUGUGGGCCGAGUGGUUGCCGUUCCUCCUUGGGGAAGGGGAAGUCAGCCCAGAUGACUACUCCUACCACCGCAAGGUCGACGCCACCAUCACAGCCGUCUUCUCCACUGUUGCCUUCCGCUUCGGGCACAGCCUGGUUGGAAGCUACCUGUGGGCCCAGGGACCAGGGCCAAGGGGCGACGCAGACCUCCAACUGAUCCCCCUCCGCGAGACGUUCUUCAACCCUGAGCUUGUGGUAGAGACCGGCCCCGAAGCUUUUCUGAGGGGCGGGGCAUGGCACCUUGCUCAGGAACUUGAUGCCAAGGUGGUGGACGAGUUGAGAAACUUCCUCUUCACGGAGUCGUCCGAUGAGGCACAUCUGGACCUGGUGGCCCUGAACAUCCAGCGCGGACGUGACAUGGGCAUACCAUCAUUCAACCAGCUGCGGGAUGCCUACGACCUCAAAAUGUACAAGGAAUUCUCCGAAAUCAACCCCGACGAGAGCGUGUGGCACGUCCUCGAAGAUGUCUACGAUGGGGACAUUGAUAAGGUCGAUGCGUUUGCCGGCGGGAUGGCCGAGGCCCACCACGAUGGAGCGAUGCUUGGAGAAACGUUCUUCACCAUCAUUAAGGACCAAUUUACGAGAAUGAGGGACGGAGACCGUUUCUUCUAUAAAGGCAUCCAGUGGAGCAACAGAAUGCUGUCGGGCUAUCCCCGUAUUGAGGCGAUCGUGGCCGAUGAAGUGCGCCUUGCAGACAUCUUGGAACGCACCACCGGGAUCACCCUCCACGAGCUGGGCGUCCCCCCUCGCGACACAGCUUUCCAACUCUAA